AAGCACCAGGCGCUAUUCAUGCAGGUUAUCACUGGGAAGGCAAAACGGAUUCAAGACACUAGAUGUUAUCCAAAGACUGAGAACAAAAAUGAGCAUCAGUAAUGUUGCUCUAUAGCAGAUCAGCUGCAAUAAUGGAAGUAUUGUAUGGUUAUGGGAUAAGUAGCACAUUAUACCUGCAGAAGCAUUUUGGGCACGCUCAAAGCUGGUUUACCUUUGUGUCAACAAUAGCAGACCUGCGGACAACAUUUUUAUUUUUUUUCCCCAUUUGGUUCCACCUACAAUCAGCAGUGGGAGUCAAGCUAGUCUGGGUUGCUGUUGUAGGAGACUGGCUCAACUUAGUUCUUAAGUGGCUCAUGUUUGGCGAGAGACCUUACUGGUGGGUGAGAGAAACUGUUUAUUAUGGCAACUUGACUGUACCACAAAUUAAACAGUUCCCAAUGACCUGUGAGACCGGCCCUGGAAGCCCCUCGGGACAUGCAAUGGGCGCUGCAGGGGUCUACUAUGCCAUGGUUACGUCACUGCUGCUGAAUUUCAAGGAGUGUGACCCUCUGAAAAGAUGGUGCUUGCAGGCUCUUCUUUGGGCUUUUUUCUGGAGUGUGCAGGUGUGUGUCAGUCUUUCUCGAGUCUUCAUUGCUGCUCAUUUCCCACAUCAGGUCAUUACUGGAGUUUUUUCAGGCAUUGCAGUGGCCAAAGCUUUCAACAGAGUGUCCUGGAUCUACUCAGCCAGCUUGAAGGGUUACAUGCACACCAUCCUCUGUCUGGUGUUUGUUGCGCUGGGGCUUUAUGCGGUGUUGGAUGCUGCUUCAAUUGACCCCUACUGGAGCCUAAUGAAGGCACAGAAGUGGUGUAUUCAAUCUGAAUGGGUCCAUCUGGACACCACACCCUUCGCUGGCCUCCUCCGCAACACAGGGGCCCUGUUCGGCCUGGGACUGAGCCUCCAUUUGCCUACUCAUGGUGAUUUGCAAAAAAAUAAGAACUGUGGAAACAGCGCCUUUUACAGACUGACCUGUACAGCUGCAACCCUGCCCCUGCUGAGCCUCUUAGACUCGUUCAGACCACCCACCAGCACUCAUGCUCUCUUCUACACGCUGUCUUUCUGUAAGAGUGCCACAGUGCCUCUAACUACAAUCAGUUUUGUACCUUACUGCAUAAGCACACUAGCAAAUGCGUACCGCAGGAUGAAAGCCCAUUAAACUUUGAGUUGAUAAAUGUGAUAAAAACUCAAUCUGAUCAUGUGUUUAUGCAAAUUAAGCACAUGUAUUUAAUGUAUGUUUAUUUAUAUGUGUUUUCAA